AGGGAAAUGUCAAUGAGCUUCCAAGAGGUGCGAACCUUAUACAGUGGCCACAAGUAACUUGUCAGUUUUUCCUCUGGCUACCAUUGAUAAUCGAAAUCGGUCGUCCACAUUACUUAUCGGAGAAGUAGAAUAUGGUAUCAUCUCCACUACCUCGUUGCGGAGUCCGAAACUCCUCAGGAAAUCCAUUGAUCCACACAACUUUAGCAUGACUUGUGGACAAUAAUGUCCACAGCUGAAGCCGUUAAAGGUCGCACUCCCAUACGAGCAUGAUGUUCCAAGACCAUAACACAACACUCAAGACACUUUGUUCACGCCCAAACACCUUCAAGAAAUAUGUUCCCUAAUUCGCCAUACCGUCAUAUCCCCUUCUUCGCGCAAACACCUGCUGGAUUCAGGAUGUUGAACCCCUCCUUGAAGAACCCUUACUUUCGUCCCUCAGCCAACACCGCCCGUGUAGGUCGUCCACCCACGAAGGCUACUGUUCCAAAGGUCUUCAAGAAGAGCGCGCCCAAGGCUUUCCCCAGUCAAAUCAUCCACCCGCGCCGCAAACACUGUCAUAAGCGCUUCACUUACCAUCUCACAGUCACUCGUCCAGGACUCCGUCGCAAAGGCCCCCGGUUCUGCAACCCAGCAAAGCUCAGGCGCGAAAAAGCAGCGUCGGCUCUCAACGACCUCGAAAAUGUCGCUCUUAAGACUAUGCAAGCCGGUGGUAUGACCGCCGAAGAUCGUAUCUUCCUCAAGCAGCUCGAGGACCUCCGCCUCGAUCAGCUACGCAGUCACACGCUUGGAGAUGCCAGAGAGGUAGUCGCACGCGCUGAAGCGUUGGGUCCGCUGCGUGAGUUGGAGCACGUGGAGCGCGACCGCCAAGCUGCCCUCCGAUUGGAGGAGAAACCACGGAGGCAGAAGGAAGAGGAGGAAUCCCGCCGUUUGGAGGAGGAACGUCAGCGGCAAGAGGAGGAGAAGCGUAGACAAGAGGAAGCCAGGCGCAGACAAGAAGAAGCUAGGCGUCGUGCAGAGGAACUGGCGCGUCUUCGUGAGCAGCGCGAGCGCGAGCUCCAGGCCAAACGAGAGGCUUUCCGUAAAGCCCAGGAGGAAGCUGAACGUCGCGCCCGUGAGCAAGCAGAGCAGCGCCUUCGCGAAGAAGCUCGACGGCAAGAGAGGCAGCGCCAAGAAGAACUUAGUCGCAACAAAGCUCAAGCGGAUCUCGUCGCUUUUUUCCAGCUCUACGACGCAAAGUGGCAAGAGCUCAAGCUGAGCCAGAAGUUGACUUCAGUCAUGCUCUUCGAGAUGCCGUGGCCCACCUUUCAGCAAGGCUGCGCAUCCCCCGAUGAUAUCUCCCGCCGCAGCACCAAGUCGCGCAAGGACCGACUGAAGGUAGAGAUACUUAGAUUCCACCCCGACAAGUUUAACUCGAACAUCGUGCGCAAGUUGCGGGAGUGCGAUAGGGAAAAGGCGAGCGAAAUCGCGGGAGCAUUGGCUAGAAUACUGACGAACAUGAUGACUGAGGAGGUUCAGAAAGAGAAGGAUCAAUAGGUCAAUAUAUGCAGAAAUUCUGUUGUAGUCAUUAGCAAUUCUAGGGUAAUUAGGAUAUGUCCAAUAUGCAACCGUAUGACUCUAUCAAACCGUGUUUAACUUUGCAAGCAAGUCCUGGCUCCUUACGGCAAUAUCAAUAACAGCGAUUCUACGUGUUCACACUAAUAGUACCAUACACUAACAAGUAAAAAUAUUUGAGCAACACACAUUUCCUUUCCAAUGGCACUCACCUUUCCGCAUCCUUCUUGGUCACAUACGCAAGUAAAUCACAUACGCGUUUCAAGUGUGCCCACUGCCCACUCAUUGGCAUAGUAUGCGACCAACUUGAAGGAACGAUCAAGGACCGUGAACUGAAACCCAGGAUAGAAAAUGGCCGACUUGGUACGCUCAAGCAAGUUUGUAGACGCCAGAACGUUAUCAGGGAUAGACAAGAUACCCUUGAGCGGACCUUCUUCGGCUUCCUUCAUGGCAGUUGUGAUGGCCUUGUAAGUUGUGG